GAGGAGGAGAUGACUGUCGCAGUGAAAGAAGAAGAAGAGACUGGAGAUCUGAUUAACAACAGAGAGAGACCAGACUCUCAUUCUGACAGACGCAAGAAGAGUUCUUCGGGGGAACCAGACCCAGAGACGGCCAAACCAGUGAGACGACACCACUGCUCCCAGUGUAGUUUGAGUUUUAAGUGGUUAUGGAAGCUUAUACAGCAUGAGGGGACACACACAUGGGAGAAACCACACCCCUGCUCCCAGUGUGGAAAGAGAUUUACCCAGUUAGGGAGCCUGAAAAAGCAUAAAGGAAUACACACAGGAGAAAAGCCUUUCCAAUGUUCCCAGUGUGGAAAGAGAUUUUCAGGUUUACAGCACCUAAAAUCACAUGAGAGGACGCACACAGGGGAGAAACCAUACCAUUGUGCCCUGUGUGGAAAGGAUUUUACCCAGUUAGGGAACCUAAAAAUGCAUGAGAUGAAACACACAGGCGAAAAGCCUUUCCAAUGUUCCCAGUGUGGAAAAAGAUUUUCACGAUCACAGGAACUAAAAUCACAUGAGAGGACACACACAGGGGAUAAACCACACCACUGCUCCCAUUGUGGAAAGGGUUUUACCCAUUUAGGGAACCUGAACAAACAUAAGAGAAUACACUCUGGAGAAAAGCCUUACCACUGCGCCCAGUGUGGAAAGCUUUUUACCCAGUUAGGGAACCUGAACAACCAUAAAAUAAUACACACAGAAGAAAAGCCUUUCCAAUGUUCCCAGUGUGGAAAGAGAUUUACCCUGUUAGGGAACCUGAAAAAGCAUAAAGGAAUACACACAGGAGAAAAGCCUUUCCAAUGUUCCCAGUGUGGUAAGAGAUUUUCACGAUCAGAGCACCUAAAAUCACAUGGUAGGACACACACUGGAGAGAAACCACACCACUGCUCCCAGUGUGGAAAGAGAUUUUCAGGUUUACAGCACCUAAAAUCACAUGAGAAGACGCACACAGGGGAGAAACCGCACCACUGCUCCCAUUGUGAAAAGAGUUUUACCCAGUUAGGAAGCCUGAACAAACAUAAGAAGAGAAUACACUCUGGAGAGAAAUCUUAACAUACUUUCCUGGACAGAGGACCUUAAAUCACAUGACAGAAUAGAGAGGCUGUGUUCUGACUUAUUUAUUUAUUUUUAAAUGAAAUCAUAUUUUUUAUGAUAUUGUCCCCUGUAGCCUAGUUGGUAGAGCAUGGCGCUUGCAACGCCAAGGUUGUGGGUUCUUUUCCCACGGGGGGGCCAGUAUGAAAAUGUAUUGACUCACUAACUGUAAGGCUCUGGAUAAGAGCAUCUGCUAAAAUGUAAAAAAUAUGAAAUCUUACUCAGAAAUAGGCUUACUUUUGUUUGAGUUUCUUCCUCUCGAGACAUGAUCACGUCUAAAAUCAAAUUACAAUUUUAAAAAGUUUAAUUUGGAUUGAUGGAAUACAAGUACUGUAUGAACCCUCAGAUGUUCAUUAUAUGAUUUGGAUAUUUAAAACAUGUAAAUGAUUAAAUUGAUGAAUCCAAUGUGUAUUUCUUGAUUUUAACCUUGAAACCUCUUUAAGUUAGUUAUUGUGUUUCAUUGACUUCAUUUGUGUACUAGUUUUCAAGCUAAAGAUGUAUGAAAACUACCUCAUGAAUGUUCAUUAUAUACAUCUACAUGAUGUAUUGUUACACCAUGUAGGAGCAGU